AUGUACUGCAACGGUGGUGAGACAAACAGCCCUUCGGGCGACAGCACGGUGACGGACACAAGCCCUCGCGGCAGCCUGGGCAGCACGCUGCUCCGGACCGGAAGCGGGGGUUACCGCAGCCCUGUGGUGUGCGGAGAGCGGCGCCAGUUGACGGUUCCUCCAAGUCCUUGUUCCGCUCGCCUGGCGCCCACCGAGACCUCGCAGUGUCGCACAGAGGCAAGCGGUCAUCUCUCGGGGUCACCGCGCACAGCCUCGGCGCAUCAUUGUGAAGCAACUAGGCGUGAGCACUUGCCGAACGGCGGCUGUGCGACAAGUACCUAUCCCAGGUGGUUGACAAGCCAAAAGGAUGAGCUGGAUGUGUCGGGGAUCACGAGCAUUCCUGAGCUCAGGUACCCGGCCUGGCUGCGUGACUGCGAUGUGGACUCCCAGACCAGCAGCCACGAGACGGAUACCAGCACGAAGAGAGCAGUUGCCGCUCAGAGCCCGCAAAGCAGACCAAAGUACCCAGAGUGGCUCAAAGAUUUGGACAUCUCCGGCCUUACGAAUGUAGCCAACGAGGAGCCCGUGUCAGAGGACCUUAGAUCCCUAGCCUCAUUGGAGGAGCUGCUGAGCAGGGCGCGCAUGGAGUUGGAAUCCCCCGGCUUGGAGGCCCCCUCCCCGGGCAGCUUCAACACGGACGUCUUCCUAGGGGCUGAUCGUCCCUGGGAAAACCCCUCCAUGCCAUUGGCCGUGUACCACCUGUCGCGUCUGAAAGAGCUGGUUGACACCAUCAAGGAGAACAAGGAUGGCUGCAUUUUAAGGCGGUGGUCGAGGUUUGUACUCAGAAGGAUACGUUCGCUUGGUCCUGCUAAUUCAUGGUUGUUAAACAUCAAUGGUACUUCAGGUGCUGUGGUGUGAAUUGCAAUUACUUGUGAACUUGUGGGGCCCGUGGGGCACAGUAAUUGCCCUGUUAAUGGAAGUGCCACAACAAAGUAUUGGAAAAAUGUGAUGAAGUUCGUUCAGGGUUGGAGUUAGUGAAUGGUUGCAGCAGUAUUUUGCACAGCAAAUCCAUGCAGACUCAAAUGUCACUUGAAAGAGAACGGAUAUGUGAAAAAUAUUGUGAGCACAACUAAACUUAUUUUGGUUUUAGCCAUUUUGGAAGGAGACUACUUUAUUGGGAACAUACAUGCUAGUAUUUGUGUAGUUAUAAACAUUUGGGAAAUCACUGUAAAAGUACAUUUGCUUAUUUAGAUUGCACUAUACCUGUAUUGUAAAAUUUCAGAACCUUUUAUGUAACUUGUAAUCAAUAAACCAAAGUUGCAUAUUGUAUGCAACCCAUGACUUGGAUUGUUUUUAUCAUGUCUUGUUUAGCAUGGUUGGUUAUGUACAGUGUGAAAGAAAUUCAACAUACAUUAAAUAUUUUCUGA